CGUUGGUCAAUUCUUCUGUCUAAAGUUUUCUAGGUUCAUUUUUGUGGGUCGACAAAAUGCGUUUGAAUUGGAUAAGUUGGAAAGUUAUUUAAAGUGAAUAAGAAGCGAGAAAGGAGUAAAAAUCGCCAACGAAUUAAAAUGGCAACCGUAGAAUACGAUUUGGAUACGUCAGGCGGUCUUAUGCCGCAAAUACAGGCGCUGAUCGCUCCACCCGCUAGCGAAGAGAGUAAGAAACCGAAAAGGGAUCGCUAUCGUCGACCUGGACGUGCGGUUAAUCACGAUUCGUGCGACAGUUGUAAGGAAGGAGGCGAUUUGAUAUGUUGUGAUCGUUGUCCGGCAGCUUUUCACCUUAUGUGCCAUGAUCCUCCUCUUUCCGAAGACGAUCUUCCUUCCGGAGAGUGGGUUUGUCAUAAUUGCAAGGUCUUACCUUACAGAGAAAAUAAUGCAUUAGUGACGGCUACUCAGGGUCGACAAACAAAUACCAAAACCGUAUCAAAGUGCAAUGCGGAAGGAGGAAAAGAGAGCACCACGACCGAUCUUCCAGCGAAAGCAAAAGAAAAUAAAGAAAGUAUUAGCAAUCCUUUGUACAGUUUAGUAAAAGCUGCCGCUGCCAUGAAUCCAAAGCAAUUCCAGCUGCCAAAUGAACUUACCUGCACAACACAACUACCUGGAUCAAGCAAAAGACCGAGACCAAGGGAAGGAUACAGAUCCAAUAAAAAGUUGGCACAUGAAUUGGAUAAUGGCAUAGUGCCUUUGCCUGCCAGACUGUGUUUCCAGUGCCGAAAGAGUUGUCGAAAAGCUCCGCUCAUCCAGUGUGACUACUGUCCCUUGCUUUUUCAUGCCGACUGCCUUGAUCCGCCACUCACAACACUGCCAACUGGACGAUGGAUGUGUCCUAAUCAUCCGGAACAUAUUUUAGAUCAAAGGCUCUUAACAUCAGUAAGUUUAACGGAACGAGUCAAGUUAUGGGAUAAAUACUCAGGUCCAUUGUCACAAGAUGCUGUAAAAAUAGAGUUCCUAAAGAAAAUUCAUAGAAAAAAUCCUCCCUUUAGGUAUAAAAUGAAAGUGCAAACAAGGAAGAAGAUUCAAGUACCGAAUGCAAUAAAAGAACAGUAUAAAUAUCCUCCUCCGUUACUGCCUAGGGUAACCGAAGCUCCAUUUAAACUGGGAGAAAAUAACUCGUUAACGACUACGGCAAAUACAGAAGUCACACCAGAAGAGCAGGACGAAUGGUUAUCCAGCGUGGUAGCUUUGCAAGUCAGUAUGGCGAAAUAUCUUGUACAAAAACAGUUAAAUGCAAAUAAAACUUCUGAAAUGCAGAAGGCCGAAGCAAAAGCGAGCGAAACUUCAUCGUCUACAGUUUCGGAAAGCAAAACGGAAUCGAAUAAGCCAGUCGUUAAUGGUGGAAUACUCCCGGAGUGCGAUCACACUCAAAAAACUGUCAAGUCGAAUAAAUUAACUUCCUUGCUCAAUCAUACAGUGUGCGAUAACAUGCCAAAUGGUGAAUUAGAAGAGAAUGAACUUCAAAAAAUUAAAGUCGAACCAGUAGUUUCUGUAGGAAAUAGGACAGAAUGUGUAAGUAAUUCCAUUGUGAAUAAAAAUAACAAUAGUGUUACUACAACUAGUGUUCAAACAAGUGCUUCAAGUUCGGUAGUGUCGACGCAGGUUCAGAUAAGGCCGGCAGUCACACAAGCGAAGACAGUUGUCGGAAACAGCACCAAUAAACAGAACAAUAUCACGAUGGUGACGCGAAUGGUGAGAACUACCACUCCGGUAACUAGACUAAACGUGUCGGGGGCUUCUACUCAACAGAACCAGUUUACGUUUAACGUAGGCUCUUCUCCAGUAUUACAAUGUAGGCAACCUUGUUCUAGCCACAUAGUCUGUUCUACGUCGGGAGGAACGACGAUACGAUCUUCGUCGCCGGUAUCUGUGUCGAAUUUAUGCCGUUCCGUAGCUGGUGCAAAUAGUAAAGUAACAAUAGUUCAGAGUCCUCAUAAUAUAUCUGGUCCCAGAGUUGUCACGUUACAAAAUGCAGGAAAAACCGGAUGCACAAAUGCCAUUCUGCCAACCAAAGUUAAUGUAACGUCUGCUUUGAGUACGUCUCCCGCCAUACUAAAUCUGAAUAGUACUUUACAAGCCUGCAUAGAAGGUGUCGGAGAAGUAGAACUUAGUAAGUUAGACGAAAGGUUAAUUCGGAUAUUAGCAUGGCAGAGACUUCAAGAGUUACUCUUACCUAAAAAUUCUGUAGUGCAAGGAUCAAAAAAGGGUCUGAAUGGAAUCGUUUCAUCAAACGCUACAGAGGUAAGAGCUAGGGCAGUGAUGUGCUCGCUAACGGGAAAAGGUCCAACAGUUCCGAUGCCUUAUAGAACUUUAACAGUUGGAAAAGGUGCAGAUAUGGAUGUCUGCUUAAACAAUUACGGUCACUGUAAUUUCGUCUCCGCCAAACACGCAUGUAUAUUUUACGACGAGAUUACGAAACAUUAUGAGCUUCUAAAUUACAGCGAGCACGGAACCACUGUAGAUAACGUAUUGUAUUCCUGUGAUUUUUCCGAGAAGCACAAACCCUCCUCGUCUCCCAAUUCUCCGGUUGCCUCGGUUCGGCACCUGACCGAAAAGGCCAGAGAGAAGAAAGAAUUCGGUUCUACAGAAAGAGCGACGAUGAAUGGCCGUGCCGGAGAAUCGUGGAAACCUUGCAACUGUAAAGCGAGCAGCUCAAGCCUGAUAGGCGGUAGUGGAGCGGGGUGGGAAGGAACGGCACUGUUGCAUCAUGGAAGCUAUGUAAAGUGCGGAUGCCUACAGUUUGUAUUUACCAUAAUCGAUUACGGCAUUAAACCGAACUCAGUUAACGGCAAUCAAAAGAGCAGCACCGUGCCCUCUUCAAGUAAUUCGUUAUCUUAAGGAUAAAUUCCUUUUUUAAAUUUCCAAGUAACUCUGUAUAUACGGAAUGCAUUUUUUUGUGACUCGCAGCACAAAAACUCGAUCGUCUCACACUGCGACAAGACAUUUUCAUUGUUUUUUGUUUUUUUUUUUUU